GCCCGAAUAUGUGGUUAUGUGCAGUGGCCCAAUUUACAAACUAACUGAUAGCGAGCUUGAAGAGUGGUUAAAAACAGAAACGAAUCUUUCAUUUACACAUUUUGUAAAAAAAGUUAAUAAAGGGUUCGCCUUUAUACAUUUUAAUUCACACUCCGAUGCUAGUGCGUUUUUUCAAACACAUAAAGGUGUCAUGGAUUGUUUUAUUGAAAAAAAAGGAAAAUUCGUAGUUAGAAUUAGCGAAACGUUUCAUUUUGGAACGGAAACUAAAGUUGUUUAUUUAGAUACACCCUUAAAUAAAAGACAAAGAACUACUGUAGGAGACGAUCAACCUGUAGUAACAGCUUUCUUUAGAAAUAGUUCAUGUUUUGAAAUUUUAGCAGAAAAUAACCAAUUUGUAGCACCACGUAAUAUUAAUUUAGAACAAAACC